CGUGUUUUCCGUUUAGUGUCCGAUGUGGGCGCUUUUCGGCGGGUUCCGUUAAAAUGGCGCUGUUGUUGCUCUCAGCUGAAACCCACCGUAUUAAAAGCGACAGCGGUUAAAAGCACGCCGCGGACCGCUUCUGCUCGUACGGGAGGGGAUAUAUAAUUGCACAAUGGCGACUCUUGAUCAGAAAUCACCCAACGUGCUUCUGCAGAGUCUGUGCUGUAAGAUCACGGGCAAGAGUGAAGCUGACGUAGCUCAUCAGUUCCAGUAUGCAGUGCGGGUCAUCGGAAGUAAUUAUGCACCCACAAUUGAACGGGAUGAGUUUCUGGUGUCUGAGAAAAUUAAAAAAGAACUGUUGAAACAAAGACGGGAAGCAGAUGCUGCCCUGUUCUCUGAGUUGCACAGAAAGCUUCAGACCCAGGGCAUAUUGAAACAUAGAUGGUCCAUCUUAUACCUCCUACUCAGCCUCUGUGAAGACCCAAGGAAGCCAUCCAACCGGGUUCCUGUGUGUAGUUAUGGACCUCUGCUUGCCCAGGCUUUGCCUCGGGAUGUCCACUCCACCCCGUUCUACUACGCCCGUCCCCAGAGCCUCCCGCUCAGCUACCCAGAGCGCUCUGCCACCGCCCAUAACUCCAGCAUGGCCACCAGUGGCAUCAGCAGUAUGGGAGUGUUCUCCAUCAACGGGCCUGGACCGACCCCUCCGUCUCUGCUUACUGGACCUGGACCUCAGCCCGUCAGUGAGUCUAUGAGAGGGUCUCGUCUAGCCUGGACUCUCCCAGUGUCCAGUUCGCCCUCUGGGUCAGGUGCUGCCCCUCGUCCCACCAGCGGACCCUCUUCCAGUCCGGCACCCAGACCCCCACAAAGACCGAGACGGGAUGGAGAUGGCAGUGCUGAGAUCGGGGAGGCUGCUCUCGUCCGAGACAUUCUUUAUGUCUUCCAGGGAAUAGACGGAAAGUUCAUCAAGAUGUGCAGCCCAGAAAACUGCUACAAAAUCGACUCAAAGGUGCCGCUGUGUAAGUCUCUGAGAGACACUAGCAGCAGGCUAGCAGAGCUCGGCUGGCUCCACAAUAAAAUUAGAAAAUACACAGAUUCCCACAGCUUGGAUCGAGCCUUUGGCCUAGUCGGACAGAGUUUUUGUGCUGCUUUGCAUCAAGAGCUGAAGGAGUACUACAGAUUGCUGUCUGUACUUCAUGCACAGCUCCAGGUGGAAGAUGAUCAGGGUGUAAACGUGAGCGUGGACAGCAGUCUGACUUUGAGGAGACUGCUGGUGUGGACCUACGACCCCAAGGUUCGGCUGAAAACACUGGCCGCCCUGGUGGAUUACUGCCAAGGGCGUAAAGGAGGAGAGCUGGCCUCAGCUGUACAUGCGUAUGGGAAGACAGGUGACCCCCACAUGAGAGCAUUGAUCCAGCACAUCCUUGGUCUGGUGUCCCACCCUAUUCUCAACUUCCUGUAUCGCUGGAUCUAUGACGGGGAGCUGGAGGAUACGUACCAUGAGUUCUUUGUAGCCUCUGACCCGACAGUGAAGACGGACAGACUGUGGCAUGACAAGUACUCUCUGAGGAAGAGUAUGAUCCCGUCCUUCAUCACAAUGGACCAAGCCAGGAAGGUGCUACUCAUUGGCAAAUCCAUCAACUUCCUGCAUCAGGUUUGCCACGACAGGACGCCGCCGGGAAAGAUCAUGCCCGCCUCCAAAUCCACCGACUCUCCCAAAGAUGCGACAGAAUUGUUCACUGAUCUGGAAGGGGCCUUUCAGAGUAAGAUUGAUGCUGCAUAUUUUGAGACCAGUAAGUAUCUGUUGGAUGUGUUGAAUAAGAACUACCAACUGCUGGAACAUCUUCAGGCCAUGAGGAGAUACCUUCUGCUGGGCCAGGGAGACUUCAUCCGACACCUCAUGGACCUUCUCAAGCCAGAGUUGGUGAGAGCUGCCACCACUCUUUACCAACACAAUCUAACCGGUAUCCUGGAGACUGCUGUCAGGGCAACCAAUGCCCAGUUUGACAGUCCUGAGAUACUAAAGAGGCUUGAUGUCCGGCUACUGGAGGUUUCUCCGGGGGACACUGGUUGGGACGUCUUCAGUUUGGAUUAUCAUGUAGAGGGGCCCAUUGCCACGGUGUUCACCCGUGAGUGUAUGAGCCACUACCUGCGUGUGUUCAACUUCCUGUGGAGGGCUAAAAGAAUGGAGUAUAUCCUCACCGACAUCUGGAAGGGUCAAAUGUGUAACGCCAAACUGCUGAAGAGCAUGCCGGAGCUCUCUGGCGUACUGCACCAAUGUCACGUUCUCGCUUCCGAGAUGGUUCACUUCAUCCAUCAGAUGCAGUAUUAUAUCACAUUUGAGGUAUUGGAAUGCUCCUGGGAUGAGUUGUGGAAUAAGGUCCAGCAGGCUCAGGAUCUGGAUCACAUUAUAGCAGCUCAUGAUGUUUUUCUGGACACCAUCAUUUCUCGCUGCCUGCUGGAUGUGAACAACAGGUCUCUGUUGAAUCAGUUGCGCGCAGUGUUUGAUCAGAUCAUUGAGUUCCAGAACGCUCAGGACACGCUGUACCGCUCCGCUCUAGAAGAGCUGCAGCUACGCGUCCAAUUCGAGGACAAGAAGAGACAGAGAGUAGAGAUGGGCGAGUGGGGUGUAACGGCAGAGCAGGAGGCAGAGGAGAACAGACGUGUGCAGGAGUUUAAAGACACCAUACCAAAAAUGUGCUCUCAGCUCAGAUUACUCACACACUUCUAUCAGGGCAUCGUGCAGGAGUUUCUGCGGCUGCUAAUGACCUGCUCUGAUGAGAGUCUUCAGUUCCUCAGUUUCCGUCUGGACUUCAACGAACAUUAUAAGGCCCGUGACCCACGCCUGAGGCCUUCGCUUGGGGCCACAAGAGGGAGACGAAGCUCCAACAUCUGACCUUGCAGACUUUGGGAAACGUUCGUGUUAUUUGGUUGCUGUCUCAAGAGACGGUUUAUUAAUAGGGCUACUCAGAACUCUUCUGGCGCUCUGUAAGAAACUCAUUUAACAGGGAAAUUGUUUAUAGAAUAACCUAUUUCAGUGUCAUGGCCAAAUGAUUUCAGUCACACACAAUCGACUGUCUAGUGGUUUUACAGUCUGUCAGUAGCACAAGGUCGCAGGUCUGUCAGUUAAUGUGUGAAUACUAGUAUUUUGUUUUGUUUUUGUAAAGAUUUGUUCAUGUUUUUGCUAAUAUUUAAGUCCAUUGAGAUAUUUUUUGUCUUGGUUUUCUUAUAGUACCCCCUUUUUUUUCACUUCAAAGUCUCCAGAAGUCAAGAAAAUAGACACACCUGGUCCAUUUUCAUUAUUAUAUAUAUUUUUGUUGUUAAGUUUGUAAUUAUGCAGGCUGUGACCUUUGUACUGGGUGUAAAAAAAACAACAACAAAAAAUAUAGCAACCUUAAAUGUCAACCAGUUCUUUAAUUUAUGAAUGGACCUGUUAAAUUACAUGCACUUACCUCUAUAAGAUCCUCGCCUCAUUUCAGACAUGUAAAAUCAAUUACCCACAAUGCUGUGUGAUCUUAAGCCUCAGGUUGAUCCUGUGAGGACAAAGUUACUAUUCUGAAGUUUCGGAUCAUUAUGGGCAAGAUAAUAGAUUACUGUUGUAGUGUUUUUCCUUGUCUCUCCCAUGUUCAUGAAAUGUAUUGAUGGAAGUGGCUUGGUAACGUUGGGGAAAAUCGCUCUCGCCCUCCCUCCCCCGUAGUGCCCUCUUACACGGUGAAGAUGAAAAUGGACUGACGAAUUAAUUUUGUCUGUGCAUUCAGUGGAAAAGAUGCUGAGGUGUCACUGGAACUGUUUUUAUCUGCAUUUUAAUGCGUCACUGGGAAUCGAGGGUGAAGGUGAGUCAAAUGAUUGUCCAUUAAAGGGUUUCAAACUCUUUCUGCACUGUAUAGUACGUGUACUAAGCAGAACUCAAAAUGAACAAACAUCCUGUCAUUCUUUUCUUGAACUAAUAAACCUUUU